AAUCUAGAGCAACACAGAGAGGAGCGCCUUCCAACAACCGGGCAUAAGAGGUUCUACUCGAACACCAGAACCUGGUUUGGGUUCAGAAUGUCCCUUCUAACCAUUUUGUUCCUUUUGGGGACCGGGCUGACGGUUAACAGUGAAUUGCACUCCCUCACUUACAUCUACACGGCCUUCUCCAAACCUGUCACUCUCCCGGGGCUGCAUGAGUUCACCGCUAUGGGUUUGCUGGAUAACCGAAUGAUUGACUACUAUGACAGCGAACACCAAAAGAAGGUUCCCAAACAGAAAUGGAUGGCAGAUCACCUUGAAAAAGAGUACUGGGACAAAGGCACCCAGUCCAGAAAGAGCAAGGAGCAAUGGUUCAAGGUCAACAUCGACAUUUUGAUGAAACGAAUGAGACAGAAUGACACCGAUACCCAUAUUCUUCAGUGGAUGCACGGCUGUGUGGGUGAAACUCAGCCCGACGGCUCUCUGAAGUUUGUCAAGGGGAUGGACAUGUACAAUUAUGAUGGAAAGGACUUUCUGUCCUUCGAUGAUGACAAACAGGUUUGGGUUGCUCCAAUUACAGCAGCAUUGGAAACCAAGAGGAAGUGGGAUGAUGUCCAGGUCCUGAAGGAAUACACCAAGGGAUACUUGGAGAAGGAGUGUAUGGAGUGGAUGAGCAAGUUCAGAGACUAUGGGAAAGAACAGCUUGUAAAAGCCAAACCACCCACAGUGCACAUGUUCACACUAAAGGCUAAAACUGAAUCAAACGUCAUCUUGACCUGUCUGGCCACCGGCUUCUACCCCAAAGACAUCAUUAUGGAAAUCAAAAGAAAUGGACGUGUCCUGAACAAGGAUGACGGGCUGCAGAAAUCUGGGG